AUGAGUCGGAUUAGACGCCAAUACCUGGGAUGCUUCCUCGCUAUCCUAGUGGUAUUUUUGCUGUACAAUCGCAGCCGAUCAUGGCAAAAGGUCGAAACUGAGAAUAACCCGCCGGCGAUCGUGCCCCCCGCCAAUCCCGAACCGUUGGACGAUCACCCGCAGAACGAACCCAGACCAGACUCGAUAUGGUCAACAUUACCUAUACGAUUCCCUGCCGCCUCAAUCCAAUCGAUACCGGAAGGAAACCCACAGAAACUCCCUAAAAUCCAAUCCGCCUCCUCAAGAGUGUCCAGAAUCACCCUAUGGUAUCAGACUGGCCGACAGUCCGCUGUGAAGGAGGCAUUCAGCCGGUGUUGGAAGUCGUACAAGUCCAAAGCAUGGCAGGCAGACGAGCUCGCACCGAUAAGUCGAACGUCACGAAAUGGUCUUGGAGGCUGGGGUGCGACGAUAUUCGACAAUCUUGAUACACUGUGGAUCAUGGGCAUGCAUGAUGAGUUUGAAAAUGCAGUUACCGCCAUCUCUCAGAUGAGCUUUGCGGAUACUUCCUCGCCUGAGAUCAAUACACACGAGAUCAAUGCACACCUCCUCGGCGGCCUACUGGCUGCAUAUGAUCUGAGUUCUGACAACAGAUUGCUGCAAAAGGCAAUCGAGGUCGGCGAUAUGCUCUAUGCUGCCUUUGAUACCCCUAACCGCAUGCCUAUCAUACAUUGGGAUCUCCACAGGGCCCUGCGACAAGAGGAGCAAAUUGCCGAAGAAGUAGUAUCUGCCUCGGAACUUGGAUCAUUUGCCCUAGAAUUCACACGACUGUCUCAGAUUACUGGCGAUCAGAAGUAUUUCGAUGCAGCGCAGCAUGUUAUGACGACACUUGAUCGACAGCAGGACUUCACCAAAUUGGCUGGCAUGUGGCCCGUUGUUCUCAACGCCCGGACGGAGGUUUUCGACGGGGACCUCUAUUCCAUGGGCGCUGAAGUUGACUCCCUGUACAAGUCAUUGCCGAAGGCAUACGCAUUGCUGGGAGGCCAAGAACCUAUGUAUCGCAAGAUGUACGAGAAAUUCACGCGCACAGCUGCAGGCCACAGCCUGUUUCGACCGAUGAAUGCCGAAGGAAAAGAUGUUCUAGUCUCUGGCUCAGUUCAUGUCAUGAUGACCGAGAACGGGAAGCCGCGCACGCACUUGGAUCCUCAAGUUCAUAGUCGCGCGUGCUCUGCAGGGGGGAUGUUUGCCAUUGGUGGCGCUCUCUUCAAUAUCCCGACGCAUCGACAGAUUGCCCACAAAUUAGUGGACGGCUGUAUAUGGGCUCACAAUGCUAUUCCUCUAGGUAUUAUGCCUGAAAUAUACGAAGCCAUUCCAUGUGCGUCGCAAAAGACCUGCCCGUGGAACGAGUGGCAUUGGAAGCAAGAAGUCUACAAAUGGACUGCCAACCAACCGAACCCAAACUCCAACUUGGAUGUUGACAAGUACAUUGGGGAACAUCAUAUUCCCAAGGGGUUUAUUGCCAUUCCCGACACUCGCUACAAUUUACGACCGGAGACUAUUGAGAGCAUAUUUAUUCUUUACCGACUCACCGGCCGAGAAGACCUUCUUGAUAUUGCGUGGGAACUGUUCCAGAAAAUUCAAAAUGCCACUAAGACCUCCGAUGCCAACGCAGCCAUCGUGGAUGUCACAACAAAUGGCGAGCCAAUGCUUGAUGACUCCAUGGAGAGUCAUUGGAUGGCCCAGGCCCUCAAGUACUUCUACCUCAUUUUCAGUCCACCAGAUGUGUUGAGUUUAGAUGAGUAUGUGUUUAACUCUGGUGGACACCCUCUAAAGAUCCCCGAACAUACGGAGACAGGGGUUGAAUUCCAGUGA